AUGGAACGUAUUGCUGACAAGAUAAAAAUCAUCGACGGAUCUAAAGAAACUCUGAAACUUGCUGUAAGGAUAAUCGAUCUCUGGUUUGUUGGGACACCGGGCAGGUCUGAACAAGCUGAGAUGAUCAUUGUUGACUCUGACGAUGAUCAGAUCCACGUGGUUUGUAAGCAAGACCAGUUAAAGGCAUGGAAAAUGGAUUUGAAGGAAGGUUGUACUUAUGUGAUGCACAAUUUUAAAGUCACCAAGAAUGAUGGACAGUACAGAGUUUGUGAUCAUCCAUAUAAAUUGACAUUUAUUGGAGUUACGGUUGUCAGACAGUAUGGCUUAGAUGGCCUUCCUUUAAAAAAGUAUAGAUUUGUAGAUUUUUCGGAUAUCAUUGUUGGCCAAUUACAGUUUGACCUAUUAGUAGACAUCAUUGGUGUUGUUGACGAGGUUGUCUUUCAUCAUAUUUCACCCAGAAGUAAGAGAGUUGUUUUUAAGCUUAUGAAUUUGAGUAACAAAUUGGUGUCUUUCACUCUAUUAGACGAUUAUUGUGUCCAAUUUCUGGAAUAUUUGGAUCAGCAUGAGAAUGAAGGGCCUAUUAUUGUGUUGUUGACCAAUGCAAGAAUUAAAGAGGGCCAGGGAUCCUAUCCAUGCUCGAUUAGCAAUUCUUUGAAGGAUUCUAAAUUGACUAUUAAUGAGCCACUAGCACCAAUUGAAGAAUUCAAUCAGAAGUAUUUGCCUCCUAUUGAGUUUGCUUGUGUUACUGUUGGUACAAUCACAAGGAUUGUUAUGGACAAUCAUUCAUGGUGUUAUCCAUCUUGCAUUCAGUGCUAUAAGAAAAUAGAUGUCUAUCCAGAACCAUUUGUGUGCCCAUUUGGCAAACAUAAUGAUCGGGUUGUGCUUAGAUAUAGAGUUGAAGUCAUGGUCAAUUAUAAAGAUGAAAACACAAAAUUUCUCCUGUGGGAUCGUCAAUGCACUGAAUUGAUUAGGCAGUCAGCUGAUGAAGUCAACAGCCUCAAAAUAGAAACAUGUUCAAAGAUUGAAGCUACAACACCGUUUGAUUCCAAUGAUCCUGUCCACGAUGAAUGCACCGAUCCACUUAUUGGACUUCCCUUGACACCAACAAAACGACAGCCAUUUAAUGAAUGUGAUGAUGAAGCAAGAAGCUCCCAGAUUUCACCAGCUCAGCUAUCGUCCAACAAAUUAGCAAAACAUGAGAAGAUAGAAUAG